UUUAAACACCAGAGUGCUGGUUUUCUGAGCAGAACAUAAAGCAUCGCAGGGUGAAGCUGUUCCCGACGGACUGUCAGUCAGCAUGGCCGAGUUACACGCUAGGUGUUUCAAAUACUGUCUCAUCGCUCUCAACUUAGUCUUCGCGCUCCUGGGCCUCAUCAUCUUGAUGGUGGGUUUCUGGUUCCGCUUUGAUCAGAGGACAAGGAGCCUCUUUGAGGUUGAUGAGAACGCCGAACGAUUCAGCAUUGGUAUCUAUGUGAUGUGGGUAGCGGGAAGUCUCGUGUUGGUCGCUGGAUUUACUGGCUACCUGAGUAUAACUCGGGAACACAGGUGUCUGAUAUGGAUCUACCUCGGAAUCCUGUGCCUGCUGUUUCUGAUUGAAAUGGGAGUAGCCAUCUGGGCGUUUGUACAGAAAGAUCAGGUCAUUAAACAACUGCAGGAUGCCUACGCAAAGACCGCUAGCAGUGAAAAUCAGAGCGAUGCUGACCUCAAAUGCUUACUCAAUGCCCUGCAGAAGACGAUGGACUGUUGUGACCAAGGAGGCAACGAUUGCAGCAGCCGGACGUACAAAGACUGUAAAGAGGCCAUCAAGGAAAUCAUCAACUCGAAACUUCACAUCUUUGCCGCAAUCGCCUUUGGCAUUGCCUUGUUUACCGUCCUGGGGAUAAUUCUCACAGUCCUCUUUCAGAGAUCUUUCAGGCGGUCCCUUGUGAUUUAGCAACCAGGACAUUGCAGGCAACCUGAAGAUAAAUGUAUUUACUUUUGAUAAUGCAAAUGCUUUUUUUUAAAAAUCCCCUUUUGUUCCUUGUGCUUAAUGUUGUCAGUGGACUGAAAUUCUAGCGCGUUCUUCUUUUGUUGAUGAAACUGUUGCUGUAAUGGAGGCACGGUUUAACAGUAUUGAACAAAACUGUACCAGUCUCUGCAGUUCCUUUUGGGUUCAUCAGCUGCGUGGAGAGGGGAAGCCUGCUGCACGGGCAAUAGCUUGCUCUCCGUAUCGUACUGUCCUGGCCAGCUUGCUCUCCAUUGUACAGCCCUGGCUUGUGUAUCCUGUAGACAGCUGGAAUGCAGCACUAUGGUUGACCCUGACCAACGGAGGGCCUCAAAAUUGAACACCAACACCAGCAAACCAGCACACAGAGCCAGCAUGUGAAGGUUACAUUGUGCCCUUGACAGGACACCAACAUUUAACAAGUCAUUGGAGAAACUCAGCAAGUCAGGCAACAUCUAUGGAGGGGAAUACACAGUUGACAUUUCAGGCUGAGAUCCUUCAUCUGGACUGGGAAGGAAGGGGAAAGUUGCCAGAAUAAGGAGGUGGGGGGAGUGGAAGGGGGAUAGCUAGAAAGUGAUAGAUGAAGCCAGGUGGGUGGGGAAGAGGGGGAUGAAAUAGGAAGCUGGGAGGUGAUAGCCACCCACCUGGCUUCUCUGCGUAUCACCUAGCUUGUCCUCCUUCUCCUCCCCACACCUUUUUAUCUGGCAUCUUCCCCUUUCUUUUCCAAAACUGUUGAAGGGUUUCGGCCUGAAAUGUCAACUGUUUAUUCCUUUCCAUAGAUGCUGCCUGAUCUGCUGAGUUCCUCCAGCAUUUUGUGUUUGUGGCUUUGAAUUUCCAGCAUCUGCAGAAUCUCUUGUGUCAAAAGAAAUUGAUGCUAACAUUCUGCCCAUCAUGUCAGGUGCUUUCCCACCUGAACUGUAGAGUGUGUGCCUGGAUUGGGAGAGGGGAGCACAGAACACCAUGAAAACAAAUAACCUUUCUCUACCCCGUGGAUGUUUGCGAGAUGUGGCUGCCAUUGUUUGUACAGACACUUCCUGAGAUUCACUUGCUUUGUCCUUCAGUUGAUCUGAUGCAAACGACAGAUUUCAUUGGAUGUUUCAAAGUACAUGUGACAAAUAAAGUGAAUCUUUCAUCUUAAAACCUUUAUGCCCUCUAGUUUUUGGUUCCCUCUUUCUGGGGAAGAAAGAUCGUGUGCGUUCUCCCUAUUAAUGGCCCUCCUGAGUGUGCACGCCUCUAUAAGGACAGCUCUGAGUGUUUGCCCUGAACAAUAUACUGCCCAUCUCUGAUUGUCCUUGAGCAGAUGGUUUUCAGCUACCUUGCUGUUGAAUUCCCCACUGUUCAAAGUAAAUUUAUUAUCAAAGUUCAUUUUCUUGUGGGCAUUCACAGUAAAUACAAAGAAACAACAAAAAGCAAGUAAAAUAAUAAAUAAAUAAACAAUAAGUAUUGAGAACAUGAGAUGAUGAGUCCUUGAAAAUGAGCCCACAGGUUCAGUGAUGGAAUGAGUGAUGUUGAGUGAAGUUCUCCCCUCUGGUUCAGGAGCCCGAUGGCUGAGAGGUAAUAACUGUUCCUGAACCUGGUGCUGUGGGUCCUGAGGCUCCCGUGCGUUUUUCCUGACGACACCAGCAAGAAGAGAGCAUGUGAUGGGUGGUGGGGGUUCUUGACGAUUGAUGUUGCUUUCCUGUGACAGCACCCCAUGCAGACGUGGGGAGGGAGAUCCAGAACUUGGACCGGUGGCCUGCCCUGAGGGCUUAGAUUUAAAGCUCCUCACCAGUAGCCAUAAGAGAACCCCACCAGCCACAUCAGAUGCUGCUUGAGCUCAAAGCAGUUUCCGAAGGAGGUUCAUGAGAAUGAUGCUGGACUUGAGUUAAUCCAUGAGGAUUUGUUGGCUCUGGGCCUGUAUUUGCUGAAGUUCAGAAGAAUGAGCUGGGAGCUCUUUGAAGCCUAUCGACUAUUGAAAGGUCUAAAUCGAGUGCGUGUGGAGAGGAUGUUUCCGUAGUGGGGGAGUCUAGGACCUGCGGACACAGAAUCAGAAUAGAAGCACGUUCCUUUAGAGUGGAGGUGAGGUGGAAUUUCUUUAGCAAGAGGAUGCUUACUUAUUUUUUAUGAUUUUUUUCUCAUUUGUAUUUGCACAGUUUGUUGUAGUUUGCAUGUUGGUUGUUUGUCAGCCCUGGUGGGUGUGGUCUUCCAUUGAUUCUAUUGUGGUUCUUGAAUUUACUGAGUAUGCCCGCAUGAAAAUGGAUCUCAGGGUUGAAUAUGGUGAAACAUAUAUACUCUGAUAAUAAAUUUACUUUGACCUUGAACUUUGAACCUGGGGAGAAGGCAGGAAAAUAGCUUUGAGAGGGAAAAUAAAUCAGCCAUGAUAGAAUGGUGGAGCACAGUCAUGGGCCGAAUGGCCUAAUUCUGGCUCCUAUGUCUUAUGCCUAAAUUAAUCAAUGCUUUGUUAUGAAGUACUGUAUAAUGUAGAUUAAUGCUUGCAAGAAUAUAAACUCAGUGUAAAUGCCAUGAUUAA